UUUUUUUUGCAGAGAAAAUGUCCCAAACUGUUCUUCUGGAUCCGGGAAUUGAUCUUGGAAGCCUGAAUGGUUCCGGACUACUUGUAGGUUCCUACCUACCCAACCAAGUACUAGGAGUAUAUGUUGCUGCUACACCUGUAGAAGAUGGAGAGGAUGGACCUAAGGGGGAACUAGACCCUCCAUGGAUGCUGGAGCAUGCAAAACAAGUUCUUAGGAUGCUUCCAGGACUCCGAGGUCUGGAUGAUGAGGUUGGUGAUGUUAUUUUCCUUGUUCCUAACUCCAAGGGACUCAGCUUAGGGAAGGAAGAGAUCAAAAAUAUUACAUACAAGGUUACUGAGCAGAGUAUUGAUUAUGUAUUACUGGAUACUCACUGUAUCCUAGAUAUCCCAGUAGCCAUUACAUGCGGAGAGAAUUCAACCCAGAUGUUAUUCUCUCAAGCUGCUAAAGGUGUGGAAAAGUUUGAGCGAACACUGCGGACUGGAGUUUGUCUGGUAAAUCAUGGUAUAAUGAAAGGGGAGGAGCCGAUUUGUCCCGCCCAAUUUGAUACCAAGAAGAGGAGUAAAGGGAAACCUAAAGAUGAGGAUGAUGAGGAAGGUCAACAAAUCAAGUUCGAUGUUCAAGUACUUGUUAAGGAUGAUCCAAACGUUAAGGAGGAUGUAGACAUAGGCAACAAUAAUGUGAGAAUAAAGCUAGCAGGGAAGCUGAAGAGUAGAGCUUGUGUGCCUCAUGGAACAUCAUUGGAACAAUGUAAACAUGCCGUACUGCAGGACAUCAUGAGAUCACUAAGAGGACGAAUAUUACUGCACUGUGAUUCUCUGGUAGGAGAGGAGGGUGGUGAAGGAGAGGCAGGAGAUGGUCCUAUUGUACAUGAACCACCUAGGCGGGUGUUUACCAACCUACCAGGAACUCAGAUCUGUAUAUCUGAUUACCUAUAUCCAGGGGAGGGGGGAGAGGAUGCUAUUGAAUCCAUUAAGGAGAUAUUUGGGUUCGGAGUCCAGGAGGAGGAUAUAGAAGACGACCUUGAGUUAGUAGCUGCAGCUAAAGAGGUCAAACCGGAGAAGGAAAAGAACUCUGAGCCUGUUCCCAGUUCUGGUUUAAAGUAUGUGAUAGUUGCCCUUGGAAUAGGUGCUCUAGCUGCUCUGUUAGCCUGGUUCAAUAAACGUAGUUCAGACCAAGACAAUUCUGCAGAACUAUAGUCGGGCUUAAUAGACGUAGAUCAGACGAUGUUUCGUCGGCAGAACCAUAGUUCAAUAGACAUAGUUCAGUCGAUAUUUCACCAGCAGAACUACAGCCGGGUUCAAUAUAUUUAGUUCAAACGAUAUUUCAUCCGCAAAACCAUAGUUGGGUUUAAUUGAAUAGAUCAGACGAUAUAGCACACGCAGAACGGGGGACUCAGACGAUAUUUCACCCACACUAUAGCCGGGUUCAACAGACCCAGCUCUGACAAUGAUACACCGACAGCAGUACAGCCGGGUUCAAUAUACUAUGAUCUAAGCCGGGUUUAAUAGACUAUAAAAGAAUACAUUCUAGCUGUGAAAACUAGGCGGCAAAACCCGUGAAUUAUUCAGUAUUGUUAAACUUGUUACGUCUAAAUAUUGUAAAAAGACUUUAGAUUCAAGAUGAAAUAAUAAUUUAUCAGUGAAA